AUGUCUUGCUCAUCUCACAUCUCCUCCUUCAGGGCUGGGGGCAGCAGCUCUGUCAGGGUGUCCGCUGGUGGGAGCAGCUUCAGUGGUGGAAGCAGAUGCGGCCUAGGGGGCGGCUCUGCCUGGGGCUUCCAAGAAGGAGCCAGUAGCUGUGGCCUGAGUGGGGGGUGUGGUGGUGGCUUUGGAGGCAGCUCUGGAGUGGGCUUUGGUAGCUGCUCAGUACGAGGCGGUUUUGGAGGAGCCUCAGGCUCUGGGGCUGUCUUUGGUGGUGGUUCUGGUUUUGGCGGGAGUUCUGGAUUCCGCGAUGUUGCUAGCGGAGGUUUCUAUCGCUAUGGUGGUGGUAUGGGUGGUGGUGUUGGUGAUGGGGGACUUUUCUCUGGAAGUGAAAAGCAAACCAUGCAGAACCUCAAUGACCGCCUGGCCAAUUACCUAGACAAAGUCAGAGCCCUGGCGGAGGCCAACACUGACCUGGAGAACAAAAUCAAGGAGUGGUAUGACAAAUUUGGGCCUGGGUCUGGAGAUGGUGCAUCUGGAAGGGAUUACAGCAAGUACUACCCAAUAAUUGAAGAUCUAAGGAAUCAGAUCAUUACUGCCACUACGGAAAAUGCUGGCAUCAUUUUGCAAAUUGACAACGCCAGGCUGGCUGCUGAUGACUUCAGACUGAAGUAUGAGAACGAGCUGUUUCUCCGGCAGAGUGUGGAGGCCGACAUCAACGGCCUGCGGAAUGUCCUUGACGAUCUGACCAUGACUCGCUCUGACCUGGAGAUGCAGAUCGAGAGCCUCACUGAGGAGCUGGCCUACCUGAAGAAGAACCACGAGGAGGAAAUGAAGAGUAUGCAAGGCAGCUCUGGAGGUGAUGUGACUGUAGAAAUGAAUGCCGCCCCAGGAACCGACCUGACCAAAUUACUGAAUGACAUGAGGGCGCAGUACGAGGAGCUGGCUGAGCAAAACCACCGGGAGGCCGAGGACCAAUUCAACAAACGGAGUGCAUCGCUGCAAGCCCAGAUCUCUGCUGAUGCUGGGGAGGCCAGUUCUGCCAAGAAUGAGAUAACAGAACUGAGACGUACGCUGCAAGCCCUGGAAAUUGAGCUUCAGUCCCAACUUGCCAUGAAAAGCUCCCUGGAAGGAACCCUGGCUGACACAGAAGCAGGCUACGUGGCUCAGCUGUCAGAAAUACAGAUGCAAAUCAGCAGCCUGGAGGAGCAGAUCUGCCAGAUUCGGGGCGAGACCGAGUGCCAGAACACAGAAUAUGAGCAGCUGCUGAACAUCAAGACCCGCCUGGAGAUGGAGAUCGAGACCUACCGCCGCCUGCUCGAUGGAGAAGGAGGUGAUUCUUGUUUUGGAGGAUCCGAUUUUAGAAACUCAGGGUCCAGAAAUACAGGAUCCAGGGGUUCAGUAUCUGGUGGUGACUCAGGAUCUGGAAGCUCUUCUGGUCAAGGAAGAGAUCCAAGCAAGACUAGAGUGACUAAGACCAUCAUAGAGGAAGUGGUGGAUGGCAAGGUCGUCUCAUCUCAAGUCAGCAACAUUUCUGAAGUAAAAUUAAAGUAA